GAGCUCUAUAGAGCCCAUCCUCUGCUUCGGCACCAGCAGCUAACCGUCCAGAGAACAGAACAGAGAUGACCACCAGCGUCCCCGUCCCUCUGGCUUCACAGCCACAGGCGCCGCAGCGCAAGCCACGGACCUACACCCCGAGCCCAUGGGGUGACUUCUUCCUCCACCACACCCCAUGCACUCCGUCACAGCUCUUGUCGAUGAAGGAGAGGGCAAAGGUCAAGGAGCAACAGGUGAGGCAGAUCAUACAGGAAACAAUGGCCUCCUCCAACCUGCUUCGGAAGUUGGAGCUUGUGGACACGCUGCAGCGUCUCGGGGUGGACUACCGCUACUACGAGGAGAUCGACCAGUUGCUUCGCUCUGUCUACGACGACGGCGACAAGGAUGGAGGCGGCUCCGACGAUCUCUACCUCACCUCGCUGCGGUUCUACUUGCUCAGGAAGCAUGGGUAUACAACCUCUUCAGAUGUGUUCGAGAAAUUCAGGGACGAGCGCGGGAGCGUCUCGAGCGACGAUGCCAGCUGCUUGCUCAUGCUGUAUGACGCUGCUCAUACGAGAACUCACGGGGAGGAGAUUCUUGACGACAUCAUCGCUUGGAGCAAGAGCCGCCUGCAAUCCCUGCUGGAGGAGAAGAACCUGGAGCCAGAGCUUGCCGAGGAGGUGAGGUGCGCUUUGGAGACGCCUCGGUUCAGGCGGGUGAAGCGAGUGGAGGCGAGGCGCUACAUCUCCGCGUACGAGAAGAAGGGCGGGCGAGAUGGGACCAUACUAGAGUUCGCCAAGCUGGACUACAACAUCUCGCAAGCUAUCUACUGUGAUGAACUGAAAGAACUUACAGUAUGGUGGAAGGAUUUCCAAUCACAUAUAGAUAUGCGCUUCACGCGGGACAGAUUGGUGGAGCUUCAUUUCUGGAUGCUCGGAGUCAUACAUGAGCCAUAUUACUCGUAUUCGCGGAUCAUGAUGACCAAGUUCUUCAUAUUUGGAAACUUUUUCGAUGACCUUUACGACAACUAUGGCACCACAGAGGAGAGCGAUGUCUUCACCGCAGCCAUGGAAAGGUCGGUUACAUUUAUUUCAAAUUAUUACACAGCUAGCAUCAUCUCGGGGGUGGACAAAAUAUUUACCAUUUCCUUGAUUAAAAAAAUACAUAAUGACGACAGGUGGGAUGAACAGAUCGCUCAUCAACUUUCAGCAGGCUUGAAGGUACUCUUGGCCAGCAUAUUGAACGCUACAAACAAGAUCGAGGAGGAGUUAAAACUUCAGGGGAACAUGCACGCUGAGCUGGUCAAGAAAAUGGUGAUUGACACUGCCAAAUCCUACCAUGCCGAGGUGAAAUGGCGCGAUGAACACUUUGUGCCAGCCACUGUUGAGGAUCACCUCCAAAUUUCUAUCCCUAGUAGUGGUUGCAUGCAGAUCACAAAUCUUGCGCUCAUUUCAUCAAGGGGAAACAUGACUACUAGAGAGGACGUCGAGUGGGUUUUCACCUUCCCCAAAAUCGUCAGAGGCGCUUGUAUUGUGGGCCGCAUCUGCAACGACAUCAUGUCACAUGAGCGGGAACAAGCUUCUUUAGAUCAUGUGGCAUCCACGGUUCAGACUUGCAUGAAGCAGUACGGAGUGACAACAGAGGAAGCCAACGAGAAGCUUAGAGCAGUAAUCGAGAUGGCAUGGAUGGACAUCGUCCAAGACAACCUUGAGCAGGAACGCCCCAUAGCACUUCUCGACACAAUGAUCAAUGUUGCACGAAUUGCAGAUUUCAUAUACAAGCGUGAAGAUGCGUACACCCUCUCAUUCAGCCUCAAGGGCAUUAUAGGUUCAAUGUACGUCUACUCUGUGUGAGCUUCUUAAUCGAGCAUUUGUACGUAAGAAAGACUCCUCAGUGUAUGUGGAUUGGCAAAGGUCCGUCGAGGGUACAUUUAAUCCCAAAUUAUUGUACAAGUGUUAUGUGUGAUCUAUCAUAUAUAUAUCCUAGUACAUGUGUCUUUA